AUGAACCCGCCGUGCGCACGCUGCACCAAGCCCGUCUACCCUGUGGAGAAGCUUAACGCUCUUGACCAGGCCUGGCACAAGAUGUGCUUCAACUGCGAGGUCUGCAAAAUCACCCUGAACAUGAAGACCUACCGCGGCCUGAACAAGAAGCCCUACUGCCAAACCCACUACCCGAAGGGCACCUUCACCGCCGUUGCCGACACCCCCGAGGCCAAGCGUAUUGCCGAAAACACCAAGCAGUCGUCGAUGGCCGCCUACCAUGCCGAGGCCGAAAAGUUGCGCGGAACAGUCACCUCGGUGGCGGACGACCCAACCACGCAACGCGCCGUUGCUGCCACCAAGGCGCGCAUGAACUACGACCAGCGCGCACGCGACGACGAGACUGGAUCCGCCCCUGCCCCUGCCCAGUCGUACUCUGCCCCUGCUCAGUCGUACUCUGCCCCUGCCCAAGCCAGCUACGGCGGCGACGAGGAAGAGGAGGCACCCCCGGCUCCUCGCGCACCAGCUGCUCGCGCCGCUCCCGCUCCUGCCCCUGUUGCCGAGGCUCCCGCCUGGAAGGCAAUCUAUUCGUAUGAAGCCAGCGAUGCAGAUGAGGUCUCCUUCGAGGAGGGCGACGAAGCUCGAGGAGGGCGACGAAGCUAUCGACGUCACUGUCAUCGAUGA